AUGCCCUACAUCGUUGCUCUAUUAUUGCUUCAUUGUUACACCACCAUUGUGCCUUCGCCACCACCAUUGCAAUCAACUCUGAGCCCCACGUCGCUUCACAAGAAACCUCAAUUAAAUCGGAAACCUUCUCUGCAAAUCUCUCUCCCCAAGAAGGCUGAGUGGAUCCAAUUUGGGAAACUGGAGAACCAGCUGGAGAAGAAGCACUACAGAGGAGUCCGUCAGCGGCCUUGGGGAAAGUUCCCCGCCGAGAUCCGCGACUCGAACAAGCGCGGGUCGAGAGUGUGGCUUGGAACCUUCGACACUGCCAUCGAGGCCGCCAAGGCUGACGACCGUGCUGCCUUCAGGCUCUACGGCUCAAAGGCCAUCCUCAACUUCCCACUCGAAGCAGGCGUGAUGGACGCAACCGUUGAGGCCAAAGGCGAAAGGAAGUGGCGGCACCAGGAGGAGGAGGUAGAGGAAGUGAAGCCGGUGGAGAAGAAUGAAAAAAUGACAGAACAAGAGGUGAACUAUUUUUGGGAGAUGUUGUUAACGCCUAAGGUUGAAGAUGAUCAAGCGUAA